CGUUCGUCUAUUUUUCAUUAUCUGUAUGUGUUUCCACGAUCCACCAACUUAGUUGAUGUUCGGCGAAAAUAGUUUUAUAAUCUUUAUGUGUUUUAACAUAUAUCAGUAGUUUUUUCAUCUGCGGUUUCCCAUUGAACACAAGUUGUCUUUGUUCACUUAACAAUCACUAAAUGUAUAUUCCUUUCGAUUAAACUUUAUCGUCUUAAUAAUCACUGAACAAUUACGUCAAAAAAUGUCUGUUGUUUUUGUCAUGUCUUAUAGAUUACAUACAAACUAGCAUUUAUAUCUUUAUUCUAUAAAUCAUAUCUUUUAUAUGGUUCAGUGAUUUUUUUCGUUCCAAGUGAUAUUGUUCGAUGAAAAGCCUUUUUAUUUCUACUGUUCACUCAACCUCGCGCAUUUGAUUGCUGCUCCUGAUAGUUACUGUUUCUAGAUCUUUACAUAUGACUUCCCAUGUAGGAAAACAUGACGGACUAUUAAUAGAGAACUCAUUCUCCAGGUUAUUGAAUUUGACACACGAACAAAAAUAAGAGACGAAUGAAUGACCGCUCAAAGCUAGAAGACAGCCUUAAAGUCAUCUUACAACAACUCAAAUCUUUCAGCCCUACCAUCCCAAGUGACUCGAUUUUCGCUGAAUUGAGGGACUCAAUCAAUUACGUGGUUCUUCAGUCUAAAAAAUGUUUAAAAUUCACGGAUAGCAGCCUUGUGAAAUCCAAACGAGAAAUUUCAACCCCAUGCUCAGACAUCGAUACUCCACAUAUCCCAAAGGACUUUUGUUCUUUAUGCCUCCCUUAUGACCAUUUUUAUACAGGUCUUUUACCCGAUGAUCCCAAUGGAAAAGACAUUCAAAAAUUACAAGACGGAGAAAUAGAUGGAAUUGUAUUUAAGCUAAAGCAAAAUGAAUCAACCAGGAAUUUUGUGAGAAGUGGAAAGAAAACUAGUCUUCACUAUGCGGCUUAUUGGGGCUCACAGACAUGUGUACAAACAUUGAUACUACAGGGCUCUGAUCUUACUGCUCGUGAUGAAUAUGGUCUAACACCAAUUAUAUGGGCUUGCCAGUCGGACCGAUUAGGAAAUCUAGUAAUCUUGUUGAAGGCAGCUAAAAUUCGAAGUGUUCCAGAAAAACAAUGGAUGUAUGAUAGUAGCGGUUAUCAUUUAAUACACCAUACUUUAUUAAAAGAUGAUCGUUUAAAAUGUUUAGAAUAUUUAUCAAACAGUGAGUAUGGAUUAAACGUAGAUUCAGAAGGUCAAAAUGCACUUCAUCAUGCUGCAAUGAAAGGUUUUCUUAAUGCAUGCAAAAUUAUUCUUCAAUAUAAACCGAAUGCUAUACUGUUGAAUCAGUUCAAUAAUGAGAAUCGUACCCCUUUGCAUUUAGCUACUAUAAAUGGACAUGGGAAUAUUGUUAACUUACUGUUAAGUCAUAAAGCAAAUCCAUAUCUACGUGACAAGAAUAAUUGUUCAUCAUAUCAAUAUGCAAUUACGAAACGUUUACAUUUCUGUCUAUUAAUUUAUGAACGUUAUAAUGUUGGUAAAGAGAAGCAACAAAAUGAAAAACAUUCAUUAAAUGAAAAUUUAAUCAAUGAAUUAACUACUUUUCGUCCAGUUAAUCCACAAUUUUCUCAUUAUCAGGAUUUUAAUUUAAAUACAUGUCAAGAUAGUGACAGUCAAACAAAAAGUCCAUCUUCAUCAAUACCAGAUACCAGAUCAGUAGUACUAGUGAAUAACAAACAGACUAAUCAAAGUACUAAACAAACGCACAACUCCUCUUCAUCGUUAAACGAUUCUAUUAGGAAAAAAAUAACAAACAAUUUGUCAGUUGAAAGUAACAAUGAUAAUAACAUUGUCAAUAAAGAUAUCCAUCCUACACUAAACCAUGUUUCACCAAGAAUGUCUUUCAAAGGUCAUCUUACUGAAAUUAAAUCUAUGAUAAAUAAUAAAGAUAUACAAAAUCAUAAACUGAAAAAUAAUUUUACAAUUAAACGUCAAUUACUACCAACAGAUAAAAGAGUACAUCGGAUUAACAAUUACUCAAAAGUACCAUCAAAACGAUUAAGUCAACAAAAUGAUAAAAUUCAAAAUUCAAUGCUAAAGUUAGGAAACCAUAUACAAUCAUCAUCAUCUGAUCAUUCAGAUGUAGAUAGUAAAAGAAACGAUGAACCUAAUGAACGUUUAAUACCUAGACUAUAUAACAAUCAUAGUAUUAGUAAUAAUGGUAACGUUAUCAAUACAACUUACAAUAAUAGCAAAAUUAAUUCCAAAGAUGUUGAUAAGUUAAAAAAUAGUGAUAGUUCAUCAGUUUCUGAUAUAAAUUCAGUCCCUGAUAACGAGAGAAUCCUAAUGCCUACUCCACAUAAAGCAUCAUAUCCAAAUGAAAUAAAUCAAAACAAUUGGAAGUCUGUAUUAUACCAUCCUAGACUUCUUAAACGAGGUCAAGUUAAUAAUAUACCACAAGAGAAUUCUAUAAAUAAUAUUCAUAAAUUAGGUGUAAACAAAUCAAAUGAUCUUGAUACAGAAUAUGAAAAUGAAAUCAUACCAUUAAAUAUGAAAAUAAUGACUAAACAAACAAUGAAUUCAUCUCGUUUAAAUAAAACAUCAUUAUUUAAAAAUUUAUUAACACCAUCUUUGAAUUCUGUUAAAACUAAUAAUAAUAAUAAUAAAUAAUAAUUUU